UUAGUUUUAGAAGGAUGGACUAUAACAUUGAAUCAAUUACAAAACGCGGUUUUUGAGCCCAUUACAGUUGGAACUAGAGAGAGAAACAGAGGAGGGAAGGAACUACAGGGGAGGACUGGAGGCCGUGGACACAAUUUUUACUGCAUAUGUAGGAUUUUCAUUGCGAAUUGACAUAGGAAGAGAAGUGUGCGCCCCCUUCCUCCGUGGACUCGUUCCUGCAAAGCCCGGGGCUCUGCUGCUGCCCAGACCCGGCCGCUGGAAGGAAAGAAGGACGGUCGCCAGGAAAAGUGCUGAACUUCUUGUGGGGAAGUUAGGGAUGACUCGGAACGGAGAAACUUGGUUCCAGAUUUGGUUGUCGGACAUCAGAGCCCAGAACUUGGUUGCUGCAGUUUUCCAGAGCUAUGGGGGCUUCCCAUCUGGCACUCCUGGUGUUAGGCUGCCUCCUUGCAGGGCCGAGCCUAAUCCUCUGCCAGCUUUCAUUACCCUCUAUCCUCCCAAACGAAAAUGAAAAGGUUGUGCAGCUGAAUUCAUCCUUUUCUCUGCGAUGCUUUGGGGAGAGUGAAGUGAGCUGGCAGUACCCCAUGCCCGACGAGAAUCGCAAUGUGCAAAUCAGAAACGAGGAGAACAACAGUGGCUUUUUUGUGACGGUGCUGGAAGUGGUCAAUGCCUCGGCAACCCACACGGGACUGUACACUUGCUAUUACAACCACACGCAGACAGAAGAAAAUGAGAUUGAAGGCAGGCGUAUUUACAUCUACGUGCCAGACCCAGAUGUAGCCUUCGUACCUCUAGGAAUGACAGAUUACUUGGUCAUCGUGGAAGACGAUGAUUCUGCCAUCAUACCUUGUCGAACGACUGAUCCUGAUACUCCGGUGACCUUACUCAGCAGUGACGGGGUGGUGCUUGCCUCUUACGACAGCAGACAGGGCUUUAACGGAACCUUCACUGUUGGGCCCUAUAUCUGUGAGGCCACCGUCAGAGGGAAGAAGUUCCAGACCAUUCCAUUUAAUGUUUAUGCUUUAAAAUCCACACCAGAACUUGAUCUAGAAAUGGAAGCUCCUAAAACUGUGUAUAAAUCAGGGGAAACAGUUGUGGUCACCUGUGCCGUCUUUAACAACGAGGUGGUUGACCUUCAGUGGACUUACCCUGGAGAAGUGAAAGGCAAAGGCAUCACAAUGCUGGAAGAAAUCAAGGUCCCAUCUAUCAAAUUGGUGUACACUCUGAUGGUCCCUGAGGCCACGGUGAAGGAUAGUGGAGAUUACGAAUGUGCUGCUCGCCAGGCCACUAAGGAGGUUAAAGAAAUGAAGAAAGUCACCAUUUCUGUCCAUGAGAAAGGGUUCAUUGAAAUCAAACCCAACUUCAGCCAGUUGGAAGCUGUCAACCUGCAUGAAGUGAAACAUUUUGUGGUGGAUGUGCAGGCCUACCCCCCUCCCAGGAUAUCCUGGCUGAAAGACAACCUGACUCUGAUAGAAAACCUCACUGAGAUCACCACCGACAUAGAAAAGAUUCAGGAAAUAAGGUAUCGAAGCAAACUAAAGCUGAUCCGGGCUAAGGAAGAAGACAGUGGCCAUUAUACUAUCGUGGUUCAAAAUGAAGAUGAUGUGGAGAGCUAUACUUUUGAACUCUUAACUCAAGUUCCCUCAUCUAUUCUGGACUUGGUCGACGACCACCAUGGCUCUACGGGGGGACAGACUGUGAGAUGCACAGCUGAAGGGACACCUCUUCCUGAUAUUGAGUGGAUGAUUUGCAAGGAUAUUAAGAAAUGUAAUAAUGAGACUUCAUGGACGAUUCUGGCCAACAACAUCUCAAACAUCAUCACGGAGGUCCACCCCCGAGACAGGAGUACAGUGGAGGGCCGGGUGACAUUCGCCAAAGUGGAGGAGACCAUUGCGGUUCGAUGUCUGGCUAAGAAUCUCCUUGGGGCUGAGAACCGAGAGCUAAAGCUGGUGGCUCCCACUCUGCGUUCUGAACUCACGGUGGCGGCAGCAGUCCUGGUGCUAUUGGUGAUUGUGAUCAUCUCACUGAUUGUCCUGGUUGUCAUUUGGAAACAGAAACCGAGGUAUGAAAUUCGCUGGAGGGUCAUUGAAUCAAUCAGCCCCGAUGGACAUGAAUAUAUUUAUGUGGACCCGAUGCAGCUGCCUUAUGACUCGAGAUGGGAGUUUCCAAGAGAUGGACUAGUGCUGGGUCGUAUCCUGGGAUCUGGUGCGUUUGGGAAAGUGGUUGAAGGAACUGCCUAUGGAUUAAGCCGGUCCCAACCUGUCAUGAAAGUAGCAGUGAAGAUGCUUAAACCCACAGCCAGAUCCAGUGAAAAACAAGCUCUCAUGUCUGAACUGAAGAUAAUGACUCACCUGGGACCACAUUUAAACAUUGUAAACUUACUGGGAGCCUGUACCAAGUCAGGUCCCAUUUACAUCAUCACCGAGUACUGCUUCUAUGGGGAUUUGGUCAACUAUUUGCAUAAGAAUAGGGACAGCUUCCUAAGCCACCACCCAGAGAAGCCAAAGAAAGAGCUGGACAUCUUUGGAUUGAACCCUGCUGAUGAAAGCACACGGAGUUAUGUUAUUUUAUCUUUUGAAAACAAUGGUGACUACAUGGACAUGAAGCAAGCUGAUACCACGCAGUAUGUCCCCAUGCUGGAAAGGAAAGAAGUUUCUAAAUAUUCAGACAUCCAGAGAUCGCUGUAUGAUCGCCCAGCCUCCUAUAAGAAGAAAUCUAUGUUAGAUUCGGAAGUCAAAAACCUCCUUUCGGAUGAUAACUCGGAAGGCCUCACUUUGUUGGAUUUGUUGAGCUUUACCUAUCAAGUUGCACGAGGAAUGGAGUUUUUGGCUUCAAAAAAUUGUGUCCACCGGGACCUGGCUGCUCGCAAUGUCCUCCUGGCACAAGGGAAAAUUGUGAAGAUCUGUGACUUUGGCCUGGCCAGAGACAUCAUGCAUGAUUCGAACUACGUGUCAAAAGGCAGCACCUUCCUCCCCGUGAAGUGGAUGGCUCCCGAGAGCAUCUUCGACAACCUCUACACCACACUGAGCGACGUCUGGUCUUACGGCAUUCUGCUCUGGGAGAUCUUUUCCCUUGGUGGCACACCCUAUCCUGGCAUGAUGGUGGAUUCUACUUUCUACAAUAAGAUCAAGAGUGGGUACCGGAUGGCCAAGCCUGACCAUGCCACCAGUGAAGUCUAUGAGAUCAUGGUGAAGUGCUGGAACAGUGAGCCGGAGAAGAGACCCUCCUUUUACCACCUGAGUGAGAUUGUGGAGAACCUGCUGCCUGGACAAUAUAAAAAGAGUUAUGAAAAGAUUCACCUGGACUUCCUGAAGAGCGACCAUCCCGCCGUGGCACGCAUGCGCGUGGACGCUGACAACACCUACAUCGGCGUCACCUACAAAAAUGAGGAAGACAAGCUGAAGGACUGGGAGGGUGGCCUCGAUGAGCAGAGGCUGAGCGCAGACAGUGGCUACAUCAUCCCUCUACCGGACAUUGACCCUGUUCCUGAGGAGGAAGACCUGGGCAAGAGGAACAGACACAGCUCACAGACCUCUGAAGAGAGUGCCAUUGAGACAGGUUCCAGCAGUUCUACCUUCAUCAAGAGAGAGGAUGAGACCAUUGAGGACAUCGACAUGAUGGAUGACAUUGGCAUAGACUCCUCAGAUCUGGUGGAGGACAGCUUCCUGUAACUGACGGAUUCAAGGGGUACCUUCCACUCCUGGGGCCACCUUGAAUCCUUUCAAGAAAACCACUUUAUUGCAAUGCAAAGUUUGAGAGGAGGACUUGGAUGAUGUGUAAAGAGAAGUUCCCAGCCAAGGGCCUCAGGGAGCUUUCUAAAUAUGAGUGAAUGGAAUAUUUGGAAAUGAACUUUUUCAGCAUUGCCUCUUGCAGUGCUUCAGUAGCAUCUCAGUGCGUGAAGUUUGGAGGUAGAUGGACAAGGAAAUAAUGGGCUGCGGAAGACGAACUUUGUGUUUCAAGGGCAUUGGUGAGAUUCCACCGUACACAAUUUUUGUUGUGACAAAAUUCCAGCAUUGUAAUUAUGUAAAUAACUCUAACCAAGGUGUGUUUAGAUUUGUAUUAACUAUCUUCUCUGGACCUCUGAAGAGACCGACCACUUCACCCAUCCAUGUACUUCCUGCCUGAAACCUGGUAUCAGCUGCUGUGGAAUUUUCUUAUGAAGUACAUGCAAAACCACUUUUGAACCUUAAAAGGUACUGGUACUAUAGCAUUUUACUUUUUUUAGCAUUAAAGAGAUAAAAAGUAAUGAUUAACCAACCUUGUUUAAUAGAUUUGGGUCAUUUAGAAGCCCAACAACUCAUUUUUAUAUUGUAACCUACGUUUAUAAUAAUACUACUGUUAUCAGUAAUGUUAAAUGUGUAAUAUGUAACACGUUUUCCCUACAGAGAAAGCACAAUUUAAAAAAAAAAUCCUUACUAAGUAGGUGACAAGUUUGACAGUUUUUGACAUUUAUAUGAAAUAACAUAUGUUUCUCUAUAAAAUAUGGUAAUAGUUUUAGUGGGUUAAAUUUAGUUGAGCAUAGAGAAAAAAGUAAAAGUAGUGUCAUCCAGGAAGUCAGAGUUUUUAACUGUGUACUGAAUAGGUUCCCUAACCCGUUGUGCUAAAAAACAAUUAACUACCCUCGGAAGUAAUGGGAUUUGAAACAAACAAGCAAAACCCCUAAAUCCUAAAUGUUCUCAAUUGUAUAAAGGCAUAAGCUUAUGUGUAACAUGACUUCUCAUGUUAUUACUUAGUGGAAAAUAUCAUCAGCAAACAGAUGGGAUUUGCAGAGGUUUUUUCAUGCUUGGUGGUAACUUUGGUAGCUCUCACCUUCGGUGCAUCCCAACAUAUUAUAUUUUUUAAAUCCUAUGAACCCAAAAGAGCCAGAAGAAUGCCCUGAACACGAGCCCUCUUCCUUUAUCUCUUACCCCAAAGAAAAUAGUUUGAAAUUCUGAGACCAUAAAGGCAUUGUUUAGUGAAGGCUGUGUGUGCCUUAAUCUGGAUCCUUGGUUCCCAAAGGGAACUGGCCACCAGACUCUCAAGAUUCUAGGACCCCAUCCCAGAGAUUCUGAAUUAUUAAGUCUGGGGAGAGCAGAAACCUGUAUUUUUAUAAACACCCUGGCUGUUCUGAUCAGCCAGGUUUGUGAAACACUGGCUUAGGUUAUAGGAAACUGCCAUGGGAAAAAAAUAAUUUGGAAUUCAGAGCUGGGUUAGAAGUCAACCAUGCAGGAAGCCUACUAUUUAAAUCUUUGGCUUUGGGUCAGUGAGAUUUAAUGCCAUAUAACUAGCAACUGCUACCCUUAAUUUAACUUCCCAGUCUUCGCUGAGGCUGAGCAAGCUAAAUCUUGGUUUGGCAGGUCUUCUAAAAACAGACACUGCUUCCCACUGAACACCCUCCCUCGAGCCCCUCAAAAUGCAUGUACAAAAAUAAUGCAAUUCAGUGUGCCAGGUCUCUAUAACCAGGUCAGUAUUUUGGUGAAAAAAAAAAGUUUUACUGAUAUUUUGGGGUUAGAUGGGAAGACAAAUUGUCACAUCCAUCCAAACUGUCAACCUGGUAGGUGGGGGUUCAUUGGCAUUCUUUGCAGUACCUCUUAAUCGCUGAUACCAUAUGAAUGAAACAUGGGCUGUGAUUACUGCAAUCACUGUAUGUGCUCCUGGCAGGUGAUGCUUUGGAAGAUGUAGAAGCAAUAACAAGGUACUUGACUACCUACUGGUGCAAUCUCAAUGCAAGCUCCAACUUUCUUAUCCACCUUUUUCAUAGUAUGAAGACUGAGCCAGAUUGGCCAAUUAAAAAAAGAAAACCUGACUAGGUUCUGUAGAGCCAAUUAGACUUGAAAUACAUUUGUGUUUCUAGAAUCACAGCUCAAGCAUUCUGUUUAUCACUCACUUUCCCUUGUACAGCCUUCUUGUGUUGGUACUUUUGCAUUUUGAUGUUCCUUUGAGUCUUGUGUGACAUCAUGAGGCUGGAUGAAAAUUCCCAGACCAGCAGCUUCCAGUCCUAAUGAACGCUCCCACUGGAGUUUGUGUGCAACUGCAUUUUUUUUUAAACAGUUUUUUCCAGUGUAUCACAGAUUUGUUUCCUUUAUGGCCUCCUGCAAAAUCCCUAUAUGAAAAUUUGCCAAUCCUUCCUGCUUUCUGUUUUUCUGAAGACAAUCAAAGCUGGCUUGAGAAACACAAUUUGUGACUUUUUAAAUGAUCAAUGAUGUCCUUAAAAUGUGGUCUGCCAAUCUGUAACAAAAUGGUCCUAUUUUUGUGAAGAGGGACGUAAGAUAAAAUGAUGUUAUACAUCAAUAUGUAUAUAUGUAUUUCUAUAUAGACUUGGAGAAUACUGCCAAAACAUUUAUGACAAGCUGUAUCACUGCCUUUGUUUAUAUUUUUUUAACUGUGAUAUUCCCCACAGGCACAUUAACUGUUGCACUUUUGAAUGUCCAAAAUUUAUAUUUUAGAAAUAAUAAAGAGAAAAAUACGUAA